AUGACGGAUGUGCCCGAGAUGCCGCCGUUCUCACCUAGCUUCCAAGCCCAGUUCUCCACGAAGAAGGUGGUCGUCCGGCCACCACCCUGGUCACCGCCCGUCACCACAGCCAGCUGGGGGAGUCACCUGCGCAGUCCAGAUGCCGGGACCCAGCGGCUAGGGGAGUUCGCACCCUGCACCUCCGCACUGCGGUUAGGUGCGCACCGGUCUCAGCUGGCGGGCGGAAGGGAGCCGCGACUGGAGGCGAGGAAUAGAGAGUCCGGGGCUCCCCGCGGGGAGCAUGCGGGCCUCGAGGGGCACAGAGCAGCCUGGAGGCGACAGAGCGUUGAGGAUUCCACGAGGACGCGAGAGACGCAGGGCACGAGCCCACCGUGGCUCACUCGGACCCGGGGACCACGGGGAGAGAGGGGCGCAGGGCAGGACCUCACCGGGGUGCACAGAUUCGGAGGACCGCGGAGACAGGGGCGCAAUGCAGGACCUCACCGGGCGGGGAUGCAGGAGCCGACCCGGGGACCAGGACCGCGAGGGGUGCACGCGCGCGCCCCCUGCCGCCGCCGGGUCUCGGUCGUCUCGGGGCGGGGCGGCUCGCGUGCCGGGGUGGAGCUGUCCUUUCGCGGCCGCAGCCGCCGCCUGGUCCCUGAGAUGCGAGCGCCGGCAGCCGUGCCAACACAGCUCCCGGUCCUGGCGGACGCCUCCCGCGGGCGCGCCCGAGCCUCCGCUCCCCGCCGGCCGGGGCCCGAGAUGAUGAUCCCACCGGGGGAGUGCCUGUACGCCGGGAGGAAACGCAGGAAACCCGUUCAGAAACAGAGGCCUGCUGUGGGCGCCGAGAAGUCGAACCCUUCCAAGCGGCACCGUGACCGCCUCAAUGCCGAGCUGGACCACCUGGCCAGCCUGCUGCCGCUGCCGCCCGACAUCAUCUCUAAGCUCGACAAGCUUUCCGUCCUGCGCCUCAGUGUCAGCUACCUGAGGGUGAAGAGCUUCUUCCAAGCCCUGCAGGAGAGGCGCCCGAGGAAGCCGGUAGCUGCUGCCCCCUCGCCAGGAGACCGGGGUCCACGUGGAGGGUCCACAGGCUCAGCCAUGCUGGAGGGAAGGCUGCUGCUGGAGUCCCUCCACGGCUUCGCUCUGGUGGUGAGCGCCGAAGGGAUGAUCUUCUACGCGUCGGCCACGAUUGUGGACUACCUGGGCUUCCACCAGACGGAUGUGAUGCACCAGAAUAUUUAUGACUACAUCCAUGUGGAUGACCGCCAGGACUUCUGCCGGCAGCUGCACUGGGCCAUGGACCCUCCCCAGGCAGGGUGUGGGCAGCCCCUGCUUUCGGAGACAGGAGAGGAUGCCAUCCUGGGGAGGCUGCUCCGGGCCCAGGAGGGGGGCGUGGACCCGCCCACCGAGUACUCGGCCUUCCUGACGCGCUGCUUCAUCUGCCGCGUGCGCUGUCUGCUGGACAGCACCUCGGGCUUCCUGACGAUGCAGUUUCAAGGGCGACUGAAGUUCCUCUUCGGACAGAACAGGCGGGCGCCCUCGGGCGCGGCCCUGCCCCCACGGCUGGCCCUGUUCUGCGUGGCGGCCCCCCUGGCCCUGCCCCCUGGCGUGGAGGUGAGGAUGAAGACCGUGUACCUGAGGGCGAAGCACAGGGCGGACGUCCCGGCCUCGACCGAUGCAAAAGCAAAAGCUGCCUCAAGUCUCUGCGAAUCAGAAUUGCACGGAAAACCCAAUUACUUAGCAGGGAGAAGCAAUGGAGAAAACGGCCUCUCCUUGUUCAGGACGCCAGAGGACGCCUGCCGCUGGGGCCGGGUCACAGCCCGGGGCCCCUGCCUGUGCCUCCGGGGCGGCCCUGACCUUGUCCUUGACCCCGAUGGCGCCGCAGGGGCCGGGGAAGGAGAGGAGCUCGGGGGGGUCCCGCGGGACGCACCCCCAUGCAGCUGCUGCCUGGAGCCCCUGGGCCCUGUGAAGCAUUUGGACUGGCCAGCCGGGAGGCACGGUCAGGACGGUGGCAGUGCCAAGCUGAAGCUGGAGCCGGGCAAGGCCAACCCGUUCCCCACCGCCCCGGCCCGCAGCGCCUGCCUGCCCUACCCGGGCACGCAGGGUGCCGUGCACACCCUUCGGAGCUCACCCGGCUCUCACCCACCCAGGCUGCCCCCCGGGGCCUGUGCCGGCCGGACCAGCAGAGCCCUUCGUGAUGGACACCAGGGUCCAGUGCCGCCACCCACCCCUGGCCCCUUCCCCCACGGGGGCUUGGACAACAGGGUCCCUCGGCUGGCAGUCCAGCGUCUCCCAGCGGGCAGCUACCCAGCUGAGGACAAGCUGCGAGGCCUUCUGAUGCCCCCGGGAGCCCCAAGUCACCCCACAUUGUCACUCGACGUGCCCAUCAAGAUGGAGAGUGACUCGGGGUCCGAGGACGCGGCAGACGGCUACUGCGUGUCCCCGACCCAGGUGUGGCUGGGGGCUGGCGACCUGGCCAAGAGACAGCUGGUCACCUUCCCAACUAGGAUGCACCUGAAGAUGGAGCCGGGCGCCAGGCACCCCCUGUACAGUGCACCCCCCGGGCCUGGCCUGCUGGGCGCCCCCCCUAGACCCAGCAGGGGGCUGGCCCCGCUGCACCCCACCUCCUGUGCCUGUCUAGAGCCCCCGCCCUGCCUCUGUGUACGGGGCCACCAGCCCCCCAACCUGGGCUGCAACUGCCGGGCUCCCGGGCCGGCCCCCACAGUCAAGCUCGAGCCCCUGGACUCUCCCUUGUGGGCGGCUCACGGCCAGGGCGGGCCUCCUGGGCUAUUCUGCAAGAGUGCCCCAGCCAUGGGGAUGCCCCCCAGGGACGCGCAGUGCGCCUUCCUGCCCUAG